CGAAGUUUUUGGCUUCCACUCCCACCAGUGACCAAAGACUUGACCACUUUACAAAGUCCAAAUCCCCAGAACACUGCUCGACAUGGACACCGGUGUGAUUGAAGGUGGAUUAAAUGUCACUCUCACCAUCCGGCUACUUAUGCAUGGAAAGGAAGUUGGAAACAUUAUUGGAAAGAAAGGAGAAUCGGUCAAGAAGAUGUGUGAAGAGAGUGGUGCACGUAUCAACAUCUCAGAAGGGAAUUGUCCUGAGAGAAUAAUUACUCUGGCUGGACCCACCAAUGCCAUCUGUAAAGCCUUUGCAAUGAUUAUUGACAAACUGGAAGAGGACAUCAGUAGCUCUAUGACCAAUAGUACAGCUGCCAGUAGACCCCCAGUCACCCUGAGGCUUGUGGUCCCUGAUAGCCAGUGCGGCUCUCUCAUUGGAAAAGGAGGAUGCAAGGAAAUAAGAGAGAGUACAGGGGCUCAGGUCCAGGUGGCAGGGGAUAUGCUACCAAACUCAACUGAGCGGGCCAUCACUAUUGCUGGCAUCCUGCAAUCUAUCAUUGAGUGUGUCAAACAGAUCUGCGUGGUCAUGUUGGAGACUCUCUCCCAAUCUCCCCCGAAGGGCGUGAUCAUCCCCUACCGGCCCAAGCCAUCCAGCUCUCCAGUCAUCUUUGCAGGUGGUCAGGACAGGUACAGCACAGGCAGUGACAGUGUGAGCUUUCCCCACACCACCCCGUCCAUGUGCCUCAACCGUGACCUGGAGGGACCACCUCUAGAGUUGACCAAGCUGCACCAGUUGGCAAUGCAACAGUCUCACUUUCCCAUGACGCAUGGCAACACCGGAUUCAGUGGCAUUGAAUCCAGCUCUCCAGAGGUGAAAGGCUAUUGGGCAGGUUUGGAUGCAUCUGCUCAUACUACUUCUCAUGAACUCACCAUUCCAAAUGACUUAACUGGCUGCAUAAUCGGGUGUCAAGGCGCCAAAAUCAAUGAGAUUCGUCAGAUGUCUGGGGCUCAGAUCAAAAUUGCCAAUCCAGUGGAAGGAUCUAGUGAUAGGCAGGUUACCAUCACUGGAUCUGCUGCCAGCAUUAGCCUGGCCCAGUAUCUAAUUAAUGUCAGGCUUUCCUCGGAGACAGGUGACAUGGGGAGCAGCUAGAACAAUGCAGACUCACCCAUAACCCCCUUCUGCUGUUCACCAGCCAU